CAUUGGGACUCUUGUCAACAACUUCCCCAAGCCCACCUACCAAUACAUUCAUUAUCUUCACCUUCUCCAGGACGUACAAUCUGAAGGAAAAGAGACUUCAUCCUUCCACAAGGCUUUCUUGUACCUGACCCAACAUCGCUUGGCAGUGCUCUCGUCAAUCUACAAUAUACACAUCUGAGCCUGCACCCAACACCUAAUCCGGACUGGGAUACUAGGACUUACACCAGAUAUUCAUACCGUCGACCACUUACAACAUGGAGAACAAGGACAUCUGGAUCAUUCUUGCCGCCUGCCUCGGUAGCCUCUUGUUUCUCUUGACGCUCACAUUGGGCCUUUUCUGUUGGAGGCGUUCCAAGAGAAAGAUAAGAGGAUUCUCGCUUCGGGCUGUUACCCCUCUGGACGAUGCCGAAUUCGAAUCGUGGAGGAGGCCAAGCCAAUAUACUCAACGCCCAGAAAAGUAUGGCAUCAGACCUACACUUCCGGCUGUAGUGCGAAGCUCCAGAACGCCUAAUAUGUUCGAAAAAGAAUUGAACCUCUAUGAUGUCGCGAGGAGCCCGUCGCCUACCAGUCCACGAACCUCGAUGAAGACUCCAACCUCUCCUAUCCGCAAGCCCGAACGCGUACGACGGAAGUCCAGCAUCGUCUCUGUAGCGGACCGCCCGCCGACCCCUUACUCACCAACAUCCACCACAGGAGAGUUUCCCCAGCGGGGCUCAUACUCGUCCCGCAGGUCAGGAUCGACUCCACACAUCCACUAUCCCUCCAUGUCCGAAGCAUCGGCCUUCAACUUUGAACUCGAAUCAUCACCUCGGACUAAGAUCCUCGAUUCACGAAAGUCUGAUGAGAGGCCGCUUCACCUUUCGUAUGCUCGUUACGGCGAAAGCCCGUGAUGGGACGAAGGGUUGGUGUCUGAUAUCAAGUCAACGCAUUGCUUGAUCGACUUCCUAUCUACAUUGAACAGUUACUCCAUCAUGGAGGCCGUUCGACUACCGACCGGGACAAAGGUCCCAGCAUUCCUUUUCAACCGCUCG